AUGGUCGCUUGCUACGCCAGAGAAGCUGGUCUCGUUGGGAAGGAGCCUGAAAGAAUUCAAGAGGUCACCCAGACGCACAUUGCAAACGAUCGAGAGGUGUCCGUUGCGAACAUGCUGUUGACGAGUGAAUGUCAUAUCGAAGACUUGCAAGCUGUCUCUGGUGAACUUAACCCGAUUCUACCAGAAUCGCUUCAACUGCAGUCUCUGUUAACACACUGA